GAUAGAAUAGCUCGUUUCAUAUGAAUCUUUCUUUCUAUACUCGCAAUCUUCUACGGAAAACCCUAUUUGGAAGAUCAACAAUUCAAAUGAGUCUUUCUCCUGCCUCCCGGAAGUUUCGAACGUUAGCACAAUGUCCGCAACUUGCCAUUACUGAAGCACAGGAUGAUAUCGAUAUCAGAACUAAAUAUCGACCUUUCUUACUGGACCCUGAAACUGAAGCUACGGAUUGGAUCUCCCAGUUAGAGUUAGACUCUGUAGUUACUCAAGUGGAAGAAAACUUAGCAAAGACUAGCUCUAGAUUAAAAGUCUUGGUCCUCUAUGGGAGCUUACGGCAACGAUCUUAUUCAAAAUUAAUGGCUUUUGAAGCUUCCCGAAUUCUCCACCGUCUCGGCUGCGAUGUUCGAGUGUUCAAUCCGAAAGAUCUUCCCAUCCGCGACUCAGUGGAUGCCUCUCAUCCCUCAGUCCAAGAACUCCGAGAGCUAUCCCUCUGGUCCGAUGGACAUAUCUGGUGUUCCCCCGAGCAACAUGGAAAUCUCACUGCGGUUUUCAAGAACCAAAUCGACUGGAUCCCACUUGCCACCGGCUCGGUUCGUCCCACUCAAGGUCGCACGUUGUCGGUAAUCCAAGUUAAUGGCGGCUCACAAAGUUUCAAUGCGGUUAAUAGUCUUAGGAUUCUGGGGAGGUGGAUGAGAAUGUUCACAUGUCCUAAUCAGAGUAGUUUGCCAAUGGCGUGGAAACAAUUUGAAGACGAGGGUGGCGAUGGGAGUGGAAAGGCGAGAUUGCUGCCAAGUGGAAAUAGAGAGAGGCUGGUGGAUUGCAUGGAGGAGUUUGUUAGGUAUACAAUUGUUAUGAGGCCUCAUUUUGAAAUGUUUGGGGAUAGAUUUAGUGAGAGGAAGGAGAGAGCAGAGAAGGAAAGGAAGAAAAAUGAGAUUCCUGUAGAUAAGAUUUGAGCUUUAGAUUUUGCUUCAGCGGAGGAGUUCGAAUAUGGCAAUCACAACCUAAACUUUCAAUUGAAACCAAAUAAUGUUUAGAUUACUUAUGAUAUGCUACA